AUGUCAGUCUGGUCACCACGAUCUUCUAUUUACCUAGUAUUUAUCUUCUUUCUUGCAAGGGCAAGGCGUGAAAUCACUUAUGUCGUAAAAGAGGAAUCAGAUAAUGGGACAUUCAUUGGAAACAUCUUAAUAGAUUCUGGUCUAAAUGGCAUUGUUUCCACCGGUGGCGACGUAGGAAUACAGCUAUAUGAAGAUCAGGUUACGGGAUUAUUCCGAAUCGACGGAAAUUCAGGUAGACUCGUUGUAGCCGGACGCAUUGACCGGGAAACGAUUUGUCCCCAACAGGGGGGAAUUUCUGCUUCCAACUCUUUUGCUGACCAUCUACUCGGCGGUACCGACAACUCUCUAAACAAGUGCCAAGUAGAUUUCAUUGCUCACAUCCCUCCAGACCAUUGGAUAAAUAUAGCUGUAAUUGUGGAGGACAUAAAUGAUCAUGCCCCUCGGUUUCAACACAGUGACCCGAAUCAAUUUGGAGGGCGGAUAACGAACCCUCCAUACAUUAUAUUUAUAAGUGAAGGCGUUAGUACAGGUUACGAAGUGCCACUAACUGGCGCAACAGACGAGGACACCGACAGUAAUGGCAUCCAAUCUUACAGCUUGUGUGGCGGUGAUAUUGAGAAUUCAACUUUUGCCCUAAAAUUUGUCCUUUCAGGUGAGUUAAACCUAGUUGUUAAGAAAAAACUGGAUUUUGAAGAAAAAAAUUCCUAUAAGGGACAACUGAAGGUGUGUGAUGGAGGCAGACCGACACCACAGUGCGCCUAUCAGAAUAUUUCAAUUUUUAUAACAGACAUUAAUGAUAAUACCCCACACUUUGAUCAAGAACUCUAUGAAGUGCGAAUUUCAGAGGCAACACCUGUAAUGACAACUAUUGUUGCAGUUACUGCGACAGACGCUGAUUCAGGCGAUUUUGGAAAGCUCACGUAUCGCUUCGGACAAAUUUAUGGCCAUAACUCGAUUAACUUUUUUGGAAUAAAAGAAAACACUGGGGAAGUUUGGGUGAAGAGUCCCCUAGAUGCUAAAAUCAUGUCCCAUUUGAAAAUCCCCGUGAUUGCCCAAGACGGUGGAACUAUUCCUAAAACCGGUACUGCGAUGCUUCAAAUAGAUAUUGAAGAUGUGAAUAACCAUCUUCCGUGGAUUGAAGUCAAACCAAUAAGCCCUCCCGCUGGUGUGAAGAAAUCUAUAGAUGGUUAUGUUCAACUGUGGGUUGAAGAAAAUCAGCCAAUAGGAACUCAGAUUGGAAUUAUUUUGACCGGUGAUAAAGAUAUCGGCAAAAAUGGUGAAGUCGCCUGUGAACUCAAGGGAAACAAUAUGCCUUUUCGACUGCGCUACUCGGGUUCAGGCCGUGAGAGAAAAAUGUAUAGUCUACAAUCGAAAACUCGAUUUGACUUGGAGGCUAUGCUCCCCCAUACACCAAUAGCUCUACAAGUUGAGUGUUCUGAUGCUGGAAACCCCAAAAUAAUUGCAAGACAGAACAUUCAAGUGAAUAUUGUGGACGUAAAUGAAUAUCCCGCUCACUUUACAGAAAAGCAGUCAAAUUUAGUAGUUCAUCUCCCUGAGGAUGCUCCUCCUGGCUCUUUCGUUGUGAAUAUUCAAGCGACCGAUCGCGAUGCGACACCAAAAAUGAAAUUCGAGUUGGUGGACAGUAGUAGCAAUCUCUUUCGAAUAGACUCUUCCAGUGGUAGGAUCUACACACUAGGAAACUUCGACCGUGAACAAAUAGGAGAAAUAUAUUUCGCGGUAAGAGUAAUGGAAAUAGACAUGACGGGUCCCGGAACACCUCCCUCAGGAUAUGAACUAGCGAAUAUAACUCUUAUCCUUGAUGACGUAAAUGACAACAGUCCGGUGUUGGAAAGCAUAUGUACGUUCAAGAUUCUUGAAAACCGACCUGCAUAUUCAGACCUUGUAGGCCAGCUAAAAGCCUCUGAUCCAGAUCUUGGAGAGAAUGGAACAGUGCGAUUCAUAUCGUCAAAUGAACUAUUUGAUAUUAACCCAAUAUCGGGGAAGAUAUAUGCCAGAGCUGUACUUGAUCGCGAACUCGUGUCGCAAUACCAGCUUGAAGUUGAGAUCACUGACUUGGGACGGCCAUUUUCAAGAAAAACUUUGGAAAGAAUUAUUAUUAAUGUAGAGGAUGUGAAUGAUAAUAGACCUAUUUUGAAAGCGCCAGAAAAAGUGCAUCAGGAAAUUAGCAUAACGGCAGUGUCAAAAAUUGUUCGAUGGAGUAACAGGUACGCUGAAUUUGAUAGAGUGCAUUGUGUUGCGUUCGUCAACAUAUCGCACCAAGCUUUUGCACGACUCAACAUAGUAAAGCUUAUGGCCUCCGAUGCUGAUACAGAGCCUAAUGCUAACUUCUCAUUCAGUAUCGUCAGUGGUAGUUAUUACAGCGACGGAUCGUUUUUUUUGAAUGCCAACCAUACCCUAAAUCUUGCCUCAGAGCCUCAAUUCAUCAAUGCCAAUGAAUACUUCCAUAUUAAUCAGAUCACAUGGGUGGUAAGUGUAUUGAACAGUGAAUGUCCAUUCCAAAGUAAGAGCGGUCUCUUUGAACUUCUCCUGAGGGUUUCUGACAAUGGAAAUCCACCACUUUAUUCGGACGCCCUAAUGUACAUUCGAUACAAGAAAAACAAUGGAUUCGUCACAAGCCUUUUUGGGAUUUUACAUAAUAGCAAAUAUGCGAUUCUCUUCGUUAUUACUGGCCUCCUAGCCUGUUCAGUCAUCCUCUUUAUAGUUAUUUGUCUGAUUCGAAAUCGACGAAAAUUACAAGAAUGUGGUGGUAGGGGUAGAGUUGCCUGUGUAAGCGGUGAAGGCGUUAAGCAGGAUUAUGCCCCAAAUGACCACAGUGCAGUUGGAAGUUGGACGAAGGAGCAAAUGUUUCUAGCACAGCAGCCGUUUAUAAGUUCCUUCGAUAUUGAAGAAGAAAUGUCAGCCUCCCCAAUUAGAUGCUCCACAGACUGUGAAGCCGUCAGUUUUAGUCAAAUCUCCAACAUGCAGUGUCAAGUGCGCCCUUCAAUUGCACAGAUUUCGGUAAGCUGA